CAGCCCAGCCCCAUCCCGAGCCCGGUUCUGGGAGGGAAGCCCAACGCCAGCCAGUCUCUGCUGGUGUGGUGCCGCGAGGUCACCAAGAACUACCGCGGGGUCAAGAUCACCAACUUCACCACGUCCUGGAGGAACGGCCUGGCCUUCUGCGCCCUGCUGCACCACUUCAGGCCCGACACAAUAGACUACAAGUUUCUCAAUCCUCAGGAUAUUAAAGAAAACAACAAAAAGGCUUACGAUGUUUUUGCGAACCUGGGUAUCUCCCGUCUCCUGGAGCCGUCAGACAUGGUGCUGCUGGCCAUCCCCGACAAGCUCACGGUGAUGACCUACCUGUACCAGAUCCGCGCCCACUUCUCCGGGGAGGAACUGAACGUGGUGCAGAUCGAGGCCAACAGCAGCCGCAGCACCUACAAAGUGGGUGACUUUGAGACGGACACCAACGCCUCCAUCGGUCAGGACAAGUUCUACGCUGAAAUCAACGACGUGCAGCACCACCAGGCUAACUCUGAGCCCGUAGACGCCGCUGGUGAAGUUAACCCCGAGUCUAACGGCACGAAAGCUGCUGAGGAAGAGGUGACGGAGCCAGGCUGGAAGGCGGAGGUAGUCAGCUGUCCAGCAUCAGGCUCUUUAAAGUCUCCUCCAGUCCCAUCGCCGCGCACAGCGUUAGCCGCCUCAGCAACAAGCUCUGAGGACAGGGGGAGUCUGCUCAAAGCCAAAACUUUAGACCUCAGCGAGUUACCUCACAGAGAGACGGAGAGGGAGAGACAGAAGCAGCAGGCGGAGGACGGGGGAGAGGAGGGACGGGAGGGGAGUACAGAGCCAGGGUCCCCCACCAGGAGAGGGGCCUCCCCGCCCCACCAGAAACUGGGCUUCUCCUAUAACAGGGACGCAGACCUCAUCAAGAAGAAGAGGGCCAGCCUGCGUCACUCCGAGUCUGAGCCCGCCUCAGAGAGCACCCCCCCUCCCGCCAACCACACAGACAACACCCCCAAACAGACUUUUAACGCCACCAGUCCUUCGAAGUUCCUCAUUUAUUCCUCGGAUUAUCCCUGA